CGCGGCCAGUCUCGAGUUGGAGUGACUAGAAUACUAGUGAGCAUGAGCAACUGGAGCCCGUCGCCCGAAGCGCUGCAUGACGUCGUGACGCUCUUGCAGGCGUCGACGGUCCCGGACAACGCGGUCCAGCAGCAGUUUUACGAGCGUUUAACGCAGUACAGCCAGAACCCCGAGUUUUACCUGUACCUCCUCCACGUCUUUGCCGCGCACCCGGACAUUGGCAUCCGCCAAGUCGCUGGCCUCCUCCUCAAGAAGAGCAUCAAGUCCAUCUACCACACGCUCUCGCUCGAGAUGCAGACGUACAUGCGCAUGAGCAUCCUCGCGCUGCUCGCGGACCCCAAUGGCCGCAUCCGGUCGACGGCCGGCGUGCUCCUCACGACCGUCGUCGCGCAGCUCGUGACGCUCGAGCAGUGCCCGGAAAUGAUCCCGGGUCUCAUCCGGUAUCUCGAGGACGCUGGCAACGAGAACGGCGUCGAAGGCGCGUUUGGCGCGCUCAGCAAGAUCUGCGAAGACCACGCGGACAAGCUCGAGAGCCCGAGCCUGCCGACGCGCCCGCUCACGCUGCUCGUGCCCAUCUUUCUCAAGUACUUUCACCACCCGAAGGCCGAGUUUCGCCGCGAUGCGCUCAACUGCAUCAACCAAGUCAUUCUGAUCAUGCCCGCGUCGCUCGUCGUCAACAUGGACGCGUUCCUCCAGGGCAUCUCGCACCUCACGCAGGACCCGUCGAGCGCCGUGCGCAAGCUCGUGUGCCAGAGCAUCGUCAUCUUGCUCGAAGUCAACAUGCAAGUGCUCAUGCCGCACUUUACGUCGAUCGUGUCGUUCAUCCUUCGCUCGACCAGCGACGAAGACGAGAAUGUGGCCCUCGAAGCGUGCGAGUUUUGGUCGUCGAUCUGCGAUUUGCCGUCGCACCUCUUCAAGGACGUCAAGCCCGUUUUGAGCCAGACGCUGCCGCAUCUGAUCCCGCUCCUCCUCACGCGCAUGGUCUACUCGGAGGAGACGAUCUCGAUGUUUGAGAUCGAGGAGCAGGAGCAGAACGAGUCGGUGCCCGACCGGCCAGAAGACAUCAAGCCCAUCUUCCACAAGGCCAAGCCGCAAGAGAACCGCGGCAACUCGGACGACGGUGAUGACGAAGAAGACGACGAUGGCGACAUGGACGACGACGAAGACGUCGAGCAGUGGACGCUCCGCAAGUCGGCGGCCGCCGGCCUCGACACGAUCUCGCACGCGUUUGGCGUCGACAUCCUCCCGAUUCUCCUCCCGCUCUUGCAGGAGCGUCUUGGCCACACGGGCCACUGGGCCGUGCGCGAGAGCGGCAUCCUUGCGCUCGGUGCGAUCGCCGAGGGCUGCAUGGACGGCAUUCUCCCGCACCUCCCGGCGCUCUUCCCGUACCUCUUGACGCUCAUGGACGACCCGGCGCCGUACAUUCGCAGCAUCACGUGCUGGACGCUCGGCCGGUACGCCAACUGGGCGGUCUCGAUGAACGACCACGAGACGGUGCUGCGUCCGCUCCUCGAGUCGAUGCUCAAGCGCAUUUCGGACCCAAACAAGAAGGUGCAGCAGGCGGCGUGCUCUGCGUUCUGCACGCUCGAAGAAGAGGCGCUCGAGGAGCUCGUGCCGUACUUGACGCCGAUUCUGCACAACCUCAUGUUUGCGUUUGGCAAGUACCAAGCGCGCAACCUCCUCAUCUUGUACGAUGCGAUCGGGACGCUCGCCGACUCGGUGGGCAGCUACCUCAACCGCCCGGACCUUGUCGCGGUGUUUAUGCCGCCGCUCAUUGUCAAGUGGAACGCGCUGCCGGACGACAACGCCGAGCUCUUCCCGCUCCUCGAGUGUCUUACGUCGAUUGCGUCGGCGCUCGGCCCUGGCUUCCAAGAGUUUGCGGCGCCCGUGCUCGACCGCUGCAUUCGCCUCAUUGAAAAUGGCCUGCUCUCGUCGGCCCUCGCGCGCCAGAGCCCGAACGAGAUCGAGGCGACGGACCCCGAGUUUGUUGUCUGCGCGCUCGACCUUGUCUCGGGCAUCACGGACGGCCUCACGGGCUCGAUGGCGACGCUGAUUGGCCCGACCAACAUCUUGAACCUCGUCGUCGAGUGCGUCCGGUUCCAUGACGCCAACGUGCGCCAGUCGGCGCUCGCAGUCCUCGGAGACUUUGCAAAGCACUGCCCGACGCUGGUGCAGCCGCACGUCAAGGAAAUCGUGCCGCUGCUCCUCGCCAACAUCAAUCCGGACUACCCCUCCGUGUGCAACAAUGCGAGCUGGGCGUUUGGCGAAGUCGCCAUGAAGGCGGGUGCGGAGAUUGAACCGUUUGCCUCGGACGCGAUGGACAAGCUCCUCUUUGUUCUCAACCAAGUCGACGCCAAGCGCAACCGCGGUCUCCACGAGAACUGCGCGAUCACGAUUGGCCGCCUCGGUGUCGUCGUGCCCAAGUCGCUCGCGCCGUCCCUCGGAAGCUUUGCCAAGCAAUGGUGCGCGGCGCUGCGCUUUGUGGGCGACGCGACGGACCGCGAGCACUGCUUUACGGGUCUCUGCUACCUCGUCCAGCUCAACCCGCAGGGCAUCGUCCAGGACUUUAUGACCAUGUGUGUGGCCCUCGCGUCGCUCGAGAAGGGCGACGACGGCUACGACAUUAGCAACGAGCUGCACGAGAACCUCCAGCAGAUUGUGCAAGGCUUCAAGAUGAGCUUGGGCGACAACUGGGCGCGGUAUUUCGCGAGCUUUCCCGGACCUCUCCAAGAGGUCAUUGCCGCCCGGUACCAGAUCUAAGCCAACGACGACGACGACCAAGGGUGCAGUAGGAACACGAAGAGGAUGUAGGAUCUAGGAUAGUAGGCACGAAGAGAAAGCGUCAUUAAGAGUACAGGUAGUAGUAGUAGUAGUAGUAGUAGGAAGUAGUAAGUAGAGAAUACAAACAACUAGCAUGACCCGUG